CCUCAUCCCACAUUCAUUAUUUUAAUUUCCCAUUUACUCAUUUGAUUCAUUUUUUUCUUUAAAUUUGAGUAGCAAGAAGAGAACAUUCUUGAAGGCCUUAAUUGGAUGCUGAGAAAAUCAAAAUUUUUGAUUGCUUGUCUUCCUCAAAGUCCACGCUGAAUUUGGAGAUCUAAUCAGGUUUGGGUAGAGACCAAAGGUCUUGAGCGACCGAUCAAAAAGAAUAACUCAAAAGAUAAAGAAGAGAAGAAUAUGGGGAGUACGAGUGAAGGUGGUGGGGUGGCAAGGAAGAGGGGAUGCGGAUGGACAAAGGAGGAUUUCUUACCAGAGGAAUCAUUCCAAAGCUGGGGAACUUACGUCAAGGCACUGGGCAACACAACAGCAAGGCUGAAAGACCGCCUCCUAACGCGGUCCUUGGACGAGGUUGAGCUACAUGCAGUGCGCGACCGCAGCAAGAACGAGAUGAAGAAAACCCUCAACUGGUGGGACCUUCUUUGGUUUGGAAUAGGGGCUGUCAUGGGCUCCGGCAUAUUUGUCCUCACAGGAGAAGCUGCCAAUGAAUAUGCUGGUCCUGCUGUCGUACUUUCCUACUUCAUAUCUGGUGUUUCUGCUAUUCUAUCUGUCUUGUGCUACACAGAAUUUGCCGUUGAACUCCCAGUAGCUGGAGGCUCAUUUGCCUAUCUCAGAGUGGAGCUUGGUGACUUCGUGGCCUAUGUUGCUGCUGGAAAUAUCCUGUUUGAGUAUGUUGUUGCUGGUGCUGGGGUGGCCAGGUCCUGGACUUCCUACUUUGCAACUUUGUGCAACCACGACCCUAAUGAUUUUCGCUUCUAUGCUUCCUCUCUGGCCGAAGGCUACAACCGUUUAGACCCUAUUGCAGUUGCUGUGUCAAUUGUGGUUUGCGUUCUGGCCUCAUUGAGCAUGAAGGGUUCCUCAAGGUUCAAUUCGAUUGCAUCCAUAGUCCACAUGGUAAUCAUAGCCUUCAUGCUUGUUGCAGGCCUCACCAAGGCUGACUCGGCUAAUUUUAAGGACUUUGCCCCAUUUGGCCUUCGUGGGAUUUUAAAAGCUUCAUCAAUGCUCUUCUUUGCUUAUGUUGGGUUUGAUGGAACUACCACCCUUGGUGAAGAGAUAAAGAAGCCUGCGCGCGAUAUCCCCAUCGGGCUUAUUGGCUCAAUGUCGUUAGUUAUGAUUGUUUAUUGCCUUCUCGCGGCCACACUAGUCUUGAUGCAGCCAUAUGCCCAGAUUGAUGUUGAUGCGCCAUACAGUGUGGCAUUCUCAGCUGUAGGGAUGGACUGGGCUAAGUACAUUGUUGCCUUUGGAGCAUUGAAGGGCAUGACCACAGUUUUGCUAGCAAAUAUCAUUGGUGAAGCUCGAUAUUUCACCCACAUUGGACGAACCCACAUGGCACCGCCAUUUCUGGCAACCAUCAACAAGAAAACCGGCACCCCAGUGAACGCCACAGUUUUUAUGACCAUUGCAAACUCCGUCAUUGCAUUCUUCACAAGUCUUGAUGUUCUGGCAAACCUCCUCUCAAUUUCAACCUUGUUUAUCUUUUCACUUGUGGCCCUAGCGCUACUGGUGAGGCGAUACUAUGUUUCAGGCGAGACAUCAGAUUCAGAUCGAAAUAAGUUCAUUGGUUUCUUGGUGCUAAUCUUAGGGUCUUCAAUUUCCAUGGCUGUAUACUGGGCUGUUAGCGAACAUGGAUGGAUUGGAUACAGUGUGGGAGGUGCAGUUUGGUUCCUAGCAACACUGGGUCUACAUGUGACAAUGAAGCAAGGGAGGAAACCCAAAAUUUGGGGAGCACCAAUAGUUCCAUGGCUGCCAUCAGCUAGCAUUGCGAUCAAUGUGUUCAUCCUGGGGUCUAUGGAUGGAAGUUCGUUUGCAAGAUUUGCUGUGUGGACAGGGAUCUUGCUCGUCUACUAUUUUUUUGUGGGAUUACAUGCUUCAUAUGAUGCAGCUAAGGUGGCUCAAAAAGAAGUUCAAGUGUCUCAGGCCACCAGCAUGGAAGCGGGGAUUGCAUCAUAGUUCUCAGAAGGAAAAGAUGUCCAUGGUAAUUAAGUUGAUCUUUUGGGCAACACUGAGGGUAAAGUAUGUUACUGUUUCCUUUCAGACUCGUGUACAUACGGUUAUCUCUCUGUUGUUGGCCUUCGAUCAUUCUCA